AUGAAAUUAAUAUUAUCAAUUUUAUUUGUUAUAUUCUUUAGUUCAGUUAUUUUAUCAUCAGAGUUUACUAGUUUCUCUGAUGAAUUUUCAGCCGAUGCUGAAUCUCUUUAUGGUCGUCACAAACGUCCUCAUCAUCAUCAUCAUCAUCAUCACAAAUGUUUCCGUAAAGCAAAGGGUUACACUACCUACUUUGGUGUAACUUCUUUUAAUUGUAUGUUCCCAGAUGGUCAAGGAAAUAUUAAACCAAUGUCAUUUGCUGAAUAUGGAAAUACAUCAGUUGAUUUCCAUGGUCAAAGAAUGAGAGUCAAUUAUUAUAUUGUUGGUGAUAAUUGGAGAGUUAAUGGUUCACUUUGGGGUUUUGGUAAAUCUGGAGAAAUGUAUGUUCUUCAAAAUGGUACAUGUUCAAAAUACAAUUUAUCAUUCCCAAUUCCAUCUGGAUAUCCAGUCAAUCAAACUCAUUUCAUUGCAAAGGGUAAGAUUGGACAAUUCAAAGUUGAUAUUCUAAGCGUCAAUCCAACUCCAUCUGGUGAAACCAAUCAAACCGUUUUAUUUGAUCCAAAACACUGUGCUUGUGUCAGUUCAAUGCUUAGAAAUAAUGAUCGAUCACAACCAGGUUAUGCUACAAUUGAAUUCUUUGACUACAGAAACGACUAUGAUAAACAUUACUUUUCAUUGCCAGGUGAAUGUAGUGAUCUUGCGUUCAGUGAUCCUUCUACUAUUCAUAGAAACGUUGGAAGUCAAGUAGUCAUGUGGGGUCACAAGAAACCAAUCGUUAUCCCCAACUACAUCCAUUUAUCACCAAACUAUUUCUAA